AAAAAAAAAGAACGACAAAAGGAAAUCUAAAUAUUAUAGUUUAAAUUUGAGCAUAUUUACAAAAUGAGAUUUCUACAAAUUUUGAUGAUAUUAGUCUUAUUAUCAGUUUCAUGUGUUCUACCUUUACAAUCUGGUCGAUUACUUGAUUUAAUUCAACGACAGAAAAUAUUGGCACCAAAUGAAUUAGAAUUAGAUGAUCCACUAGAAUUUCAAAAACUGUUCUAUCGACCACGGAAACCAAAAGAUUCUGGAGAAGGAUACCAAAGAUAUUAUGGAAAUUUAAUGAGAUAUGGUCGUUGAUAAACAAAAACAUUUGUAUUCUACGUCGAGAAUUCAAAACUAACAAAUUAUUUGUUAAAUAUUAAAAGUGUGAAAUACAAAAUUGAUGUUGUUCUUCUAAAAUGUAUUUCGCGUUUUAAAUUAUUUUAUGUGAGUCUAUUUUUUGAAAAA